AUGAUCGUCUCUCUGCUCGUUCUCACCGCCAUUGUCGCCGUCGUCUCAGCGUUGUCGCCCGCUUCCUCCUCCCCUCCGCUCUUCGACUUCACAAAUGGAACUGGGCGACUACGAUUCGCCAGUGAUGACUCGUUGGUAUUGCUGCACAACUAUGGCCCAUACGUUCUACUUGGUGGAAGGAACGCCAUUUUCAAUGUGAGUAUCACGCCACUCACCUUGAUUUUCAAAUAUGAAUGGCCUACAUCGGAGAACGACAUGUCAGAGUGCACAAAGAAGACCACAUCACUG